UGCCUGUUUGUGUCAGCUUGACGAUAGAUUGGCAAUGUCUUGCCGUGGUACUUCCUUCAUGGGGAGCUGUUCGCAGCGAUUUGAAGUCUCCAUGCGCGACUUUCAUAUUCGUCCCAGUUAUGUCCACGACCUCAAAAAUUGUGUUUGGAGUUUCGGUGUUGUUUUCUGCAGGAGUUGUAGUGGGAGUUCAUGUAAAGCAACGACUGGACAGAGAGAGACUUCAUGAAGGAGUUAUACGGGAUCUUGAGAGGCAAGCACAGAAAAAGGCAAAUUUACUACAGCUGGAAGAACAGAUUGCUCUUACGAAGGAGCUCAAGCGUGAACAAAAGCAAUUAGCUGAAUCAGAAAACUGCUAGUCUGAC